CCAGCAAACCAUAAGUUAAAAAGUUAGGUAACAAACGUGGUCUCGAUGCUACGUUUAUAAAGGACGAGCACUGGUUUGGUUUGUAAAGGGCGAGCACAUUGGUUUGUUAGACAAAGCAAAAGCGAGAACAUUCGUCCUCUCUUCCAACGCAUACAAGUCUCUUUACACUUCACAAUCUUCUUCGCUUGGCAAGUAAGCAAAACAACACGUACGCAACAAAAGCCGUCUGUAAAGAAUUUCUUCUCCUUUUCUUCUUUUCCCAACUCGUAGUUGCCAAGGUCCAAGGGCACCAAUUCCUUUCUUUGCCAUCUGAAUCCGCACUGUUAUGCGUGUCUUUGUUUAGAAAUUUAAGUCGUGUAAUUCCAAAGGUACUCUUUUUCUGUGUUUUUAAGACUACAUCUCUGUCUGUGAAUUGGGUUGCCGAGUUGAAGAAGAUGAAAUGGGUAACUUCUUGUCAUUUAUCAAGCCUAAGCGUGGAGUUUCCAGAAAAAUUAGCAGCCGCGACAGUGGAGUUUCCAGAGAAAUUAGCAGCCGCGACAGUGGAGUUUCCAGAGAAAUUAGCAGCCGCGACACGGCCAACGCCACAGCCAGUUUCCGAGCUCCAUCAAUGAGGAGAAAUCAGGGCCAAAGUUCCAAUGUCGUGGACAAGGUUGCUGUCAAAAAGCUUUCUGUCAAGCAGAAGUAUGGAUUCAUCCCUGAUAACUUCUCUUCCAUUGAUCAGGUUACAGAAGCACUGAGAAAUGCAGGUCUAGAGUCAUCCAAUCUCAUUCUUGGAAUUGAUUUCACCAAAAGCAAUGAAUGGACAGGCCAAGUCUCAUUCAAUAACCGAAGCCUGCAUGCCAUUGGAGAUACACCAAAUCCAUAUGAGAAGGCCAUAGCUGUGAUUGGAAAGACUUUGGCCCCUUUUGAUGAAGACAACUUAAUUCCUUGUUUUGGUUUUGGUGAUGCCACCACACAUGAUGAAGAAGUGUUUAGUUUUCACAGUGAUAAUUCACCUUGCCAUGGUUUUGAAGAAGUUUUGUCCUGCUAUAAGAAAGUUGUUCCGGCCUUGCGGCUCUCAGGGCCAACUUCUUAUGCUCCGGUAGUUGAGGCUGCAAUCGACAUUGUGGAGAAAACUGGUGGCCAGUACCAUGUGUUGGUUAUCAUUGCUGAUGGCCAGGUUACAAGGAGCGUCAAUACGGGUGAUAAUGAAUUAAGUCCACAAGAAGCCAAAACAAUCCAAUCAAUUGUCAAUGCAAGUUCGUAUCCUCUGUCAAUUGUUCUUGUCGGAGUUGGUGAUGGACCUUGGGAAGACAUGAGGAAGUUUGAUGACAAGAUCCCCGCACGUGAAUUUGAUAACUUUCAGUUUGUCAACUUCACUGAAAUAAUGUCAAAGAAUGGGACACCUUCCUCAAAAGAAACAGCUUUUGCUCUAGCCGCCCUAAUGGAGAUCCCCUUGCAGUACAAAGCAGCAACUGAGCUUCACUUAAUUGGGCGUGUGACAGGAAGUGCAAAGAAAAUAGUUCCACGCCCUCCUCCAGCUCCUUACACUCAUCGUCCACUGCCGACUCAACAGCCAAGCAUACUUCCAUCAUCAACACCGAUGGGAGAUGAACGCAGCCAAUCGGCUUGCCCAAUUUGCCUAACUAAGCCAAAGGACUUGGCAUUUGGCUGUGGACACAUGACCUGCAGAGACUGUGGACCGAAAGUUACCAAUUGUCCAAUAUGCCGCCAGCCAAUCAGAAGUCGCAUCAGGCUGUUCACUGGGUGACUGUAUUGAGGAAAAAAAUUGGAUCCCAUAUUCAGCAACAACAAUGGGCUUUACUCGUAUGUAGGACUGUUCAUUUUAACCGGUCAGCCGACCCGACCCGAAAUUUCCGAAAUAAUUGACCCGAUUUAACCGACCCGUAUUGAGAAAGAACGGAAACGGAAGACUUCCGCUUUGUUCCAGAUUUUUUUUGGUUCGGAUCGGUUAAUAACCGAUUACCGAAUAAUAAAUCACCUACUUCCCCUAAAGUGAAGUUAAUAAAUUUUUUUUUCCCCAUCGGAGUCUCUGACCUCUCCCACCAUCCCUUGCAGCUCGCAGACACUUUUCUCUAACCUCACCCUCGCCGUCGGCCCGUCACAACUUGCUUAAGUUUCUCUAUCUCACAGGCUCCAGCUUGCAGCUCGUUUUCUCUCGCAUCUCCCUCGCAGACCGCAGCUCGCUUGCUCGAAGGAUUUGUUUGUCUCGGUUUCACCUCUUUCUAUAUAUCUGAUCUAAAGCAAGAAGGGAGAGAGAGAGAGAGAGAGAGAGAGAGAGAGAGAGAGAGAGAGAGAGAGAGAGAGAGAGUGAGAGCUUCUGUUAAUAAGUUGUUGUUCUUCAAAGGCAAGUUUUGAUCUGUUAUUUCCAUUUGUUUCUCAAUUGUCGAUUGUUUUGAUGGAAAAACUGUUAUAAUUUUUUGGAUAAUUUUGGUACUGUAAUAUACAGUCGAUGAGUAUUGACAAUUUA